AUGAUCGGACGUAAGCGCCUGCUCCUUAUCUCCUACGUCGUUUUUAGCCUUGCCGCAAUGGUAUGCGGGCUUGCACCACACUUUAGUGUCUUUGUCGUAGGGAGAGCGUUGGCAGGGGUGGGAGGGAGCGGGAUGAUUGCGAUGGUGAAUUUGAUUGUGAGUGAUCUUGUGGGGUUAAAAGAGCUGGCUGGGUACAGGGGCUGGUUUCAAGCUGCUAUGGCCACAGGGAGGCUGUGUGGAGGACCUGUGGGAGGUUUUUUCAUGGAGAGGGUCGGGUGGAGGGUGGUGUUUGUUGCGCAGAUGCCCAUUUCGAUACUAGCUGCUGGAGCGUGUGCCGUGCUUAUACCGUCCAAGGCCCCGACACUGGGCUCGGACGGCGAUGCUGCGGAUGGAGCGCAGGAGGCGAAGUCAGGCACGGUACAUUGCCGAGACGUGAUCUGGUUGCUGGUGCAGAAGGUUGAUAUUGGUGGAUCAUCCCUGCUGGUAUGUACCAUUACCAUGGGUCUGAUCUCGCUCAAUCUCCUGGGCGAUGGUUACACUUUCCAUGAUAUACAAGCGUCCGGCACGCUUGGUCUCUGCCUUAUGUGUGGCGGAUUGCUUUUCGCCGUGGAACGUUAUCUCGUGGCAAAGCCGAUGCUGUCACGAAGACUCCUAUCGGACGACAUUGUGGUCGGGGUAUACGCGAUCAAUAUCUUGGGCAUGAUUGCGCAGUCAUCACUUACGUUCAUUCUCCCUCUUGAACAAAGAAUUUUGAACUCGUCAACAGCUGAUCGAACCGGACUCCAGCUUCUACCUCUAGUCGCUGGCAGCAUCGGAGGUAGCAUAGCAGCCGGUAUCCUCAUCAAAAGGUUCGUGCUCAUUCUGAACUCCAGAUUGCAGGUUUUCAGGUGCUGA